CCGAUUUAGACUACCCAUUUCUACACGGAUUGAUGCUAUUUUCACCUCAAGAUGACAGAUAUAAGGAUAGUUCCUUUAGGGGCUGGUCAGGAUGUUGGACGUAGCUGUAUUCUUCUGACGAUAGGAAGUAAGAAUAUCAUGCUGGAUUGUGGGAUGCAUAUGGGCUUCAAUGAUGAAAGAAGAUUUCCAGACUUUUCCUACAUCAACAAAAAUGGUGGAUUGACAGACCAUCUUGAUGCAGUUAUCAUUAGCCAUUUUCAUCUUGAUCACUGCGGAGCCCUCCCUCACAUGUCCGAGAUUGUCGGCUACGAUGGACCCAUAUACAUGACACAGCCCACCAAGGCCAUCUGCCCCAUACUCCUCGAAGACUAUAGGAAGAUAACUGUUGAGAAAAAAGGAGAAACCAAUUUCUUCACCUCACAAAUGAUCAAAGAAUGCAUGAAGAAGGUGGUGGUGGUGAAUUUACAUCAAAUCAUUCAGGUGGAUGAUGAGUUAGAGAUAAAGGCUUAUUACGCUGGUCACGUGCUAGGGGCGGCCAUGUUCCACAUCAAAGUUGGGCAACAGUCGGUUGUAUACACGGGAGAUUACAAUAUGACUCCAGAUAGGCAUUUAGGUGCUGCUUGGAUAGAUAAAUGUAGGCCCAACAUCCUCAUCACAGAAUCAACUUAUGCGACCACAAUCAGAGAUUCAAAGAGGUGUCGGGAGCGAGAUUUCCUGAAGAAGGUGCACGACUGUGUAUCGAAUGGAGGGAAGGUCCUUAUACCUGUCUUUGCAUUGGGUCGAGCGCAGGAACUCUGCAUACUACUGGAAUCAUAUUGGGAGAGGAUGAAUCUGAAAGCACCUAUCUACUUCUCUACUGGACUUACAGAAAGGGCAAAUCAUUACUAUAAACUCUUUAUUACAUGGACAAACCAGAAGAUAAAGAAGACAUUUGUGAAAAGAAAUCUCUUUGAAUUCCAACAUAUCAAGCCGUUUGAUCGGGGGUACAUCAACAAUCCCGGGCCGAUGGUGGUGUUUGCCACGCCCGGUAUGCUCCACUCCGGACUCUCACUUCAGAUCUUCAAGCAGUGGGCUCCGAACGAGAAGAACAUGCUCAUUAUGCCGGGAUACUGCGUGGCGGGGACGGUAGGCCAUAAGGUGCUCAGCGGACAGAAGAAGAUUGAGAUGGAGAAUAGACAGACGAUUGAUGUAAAGUUAUCAGUGCAGUAUAUGUCCUUCAGUGCUCAUGCUGAUGCUAAGGGAAUCAUGCAGUUAAUUCGAAUGUGUGAACCUAAGAAUGUCGUCUUGGUUCACGGUGAGGCCGGCAAGAUGGCAUUCCUUAAAGAGAAGAUCUGUAAAGAAUUCAAAAUCCAGUGUUACAUGCCAGCUAAUGGAGAGACGAUUAAUAUUCCUUGCAAGACAAAUCUGAUGGCAGAUGUUUCAUUGGGAUUGCUGAAGAGAAGUGCUUCUCUUGCAGGCAUGACCAUGUCAGGACUCCCAGAAUCUAAGAAAUGCCAUACAAUGCAUGGAGCACUUGUCAUACGAGAUCAGAGGAUACAGUUAGAGGAGCCAUCUAAAGUCAUGCAGCAGCUCGGCCUGGUUGAACAUGAUAUCAGGUUCACCUCUACUGUAUCGACGUCGGCCUCAUCCAUGGAAGCACUUACAAAGAAGCUCAAAAGGAGAUUCCCACAUGAAUCUGUUCAGCUGAUGCCAGAUGCCUCCAUUAUGAUGGGAUCAAUACUACUUAAGAUGUCUAGUGAAUCAGAAGAGAGCUUAGAUCUACUCGUUUCAUGGCCGUAUCAGGAGGAGGAACUUGGUAGUUCACUGCUGAGUAUGCUACAUUCACCAAAGACCUCAACUGCAGAAUGAUGGUGCCUUGAAGAAAUUUAAAGGAAAGAAACAAGAAAAGUUAGUGACUACAGAGUAUGCUACAGUCCCAGACAUUCAUAUUUGUGGAUUGUCUUUUUUAUUACUUCAAGCAUGUGUUUGAUACUCGUUUGCAUUCUCAAAAGAGCUUGAAUACAGAAUG